AUGUCGAAAUGCUGUCGGGCUGUGGUGACUGGGGAGUCCGUGACGUGUCUGAAGCGGGAGCCGCCCAGGAUUGAGGCAGAAGACUUCUUGCGCAGCAUGGCCGACUGGCACAGCUCUUGGGGAUGGAAGGACAUCUUCCGUGAGUGGCACUCCUUCGACACGGGCGACUCCUUCCCGGAUGCUAAGUCGAAGCUUUUGGAGUGGGUGUUGAAGUUCCGCAACAUGAAGAAUGUGCCCUUGUCCACCGACAACGUGCUGGAAGUCCUUGAUGUCUGGCUCGCCAACAACGGCAAAGCAGGAGUGCACCCAGAAAUCUUCAAGGAACAUGUGGAGAAGUUCACCACAUUCAUGCGACAUUGCUGCUACAGCCCGUCUUUGCUGGUGGCCUACAAUGAGCCUUUUAGCCACGACGAUGACCUAGAGUGGGUCUUCUUCUUCGUCGGCCGGCUGAGAAGUGAGUCGCAGACGUUCGUAGUGCAAAGCUUCCUCCUCAAUUGUUGGAUUUGA